AUGACCGAUCAGAUUAAAGAAGGAGAUGAUGUUUCCUGGAAGUGGGGUGGAGCAAACCCUUCAGGAAAAGUCGACGAAAUCGUCGAAGAGGGGAAGGCACAGGUCAAAAGUAACAAGGGCAAUACGAUCACGCGAACCGCAAGGGAGGGUGAUCCUGCGGUCAAGAUCACACGUAAAGGGAAUGAUGUUGUCAAGCUCGCCCACGAACUGAACGAAAUUGAAUGA